AUACCCAAGUACAAUCAAAUCUGUAACUCGAGUUAUAGUAUAACGCAGUGCAUUCUUUAAUCCAAGUUUUUCAUCAUGAAAUAUUUCAUCGCUCUUCUUGUUGUCGCUAUUGGCGUUGCUGUGGUAUGUGCCGAGCAUGAGGAGCUGUACGAGCUUGUGAGAGAAAUCGCACAAGACUCACCACGAUUCCAUGCCAAGAGAUGCAUAAAUAAGUUCAAGAGUAACAUCUGUGGCGGUCUCGUCACACAAGAAAGCUGUGCCAGAAGUGAUUCAAGAAUGGGAAAGUUCGCAUUAAAGUUCUGUCGAUUCAUGUGUGGAAACUGCUGAAAACUUGUUCCUAUCGCCAUAUGAAAAACUGGACUCUGAAUUACCCGGACUAUGAAAUGAACUCAACGAAUCAUAAAAAAAUCGCUCAAUAUAAACAUAGUUGUAGAGCGCACGACGUGUGAAUGGCAAUAAACAGCGAUUAAAUGAUAAA